UGCCGUAAUUCAGCGUAGAAGAAGAAGAGAGAAAGUAACCAACAUGGCAGCGUCCACACAGCACGUUGAAACCGCUUCUACAGCCUCAGAAAUGAACAAAACAGAAGCUACAGAACCCGCCAGAGACUCUGAAACCUCAGACUCGGAGCCUGCAGGCCAGGACCCAGACCCUGACCCUGAUGAGGACGGAGGCGAGCCGCCCGGGCCAAAGAUUCGAGACACCCCGGAGAACAUCCAGCUGGAGGCGAUCGCCAACACGGUGGCACUGCACCCGAGCCGGGACCUCCUGGUGUGCGGGGACGUGGACGGGGACGUGUACGCCUUCUCUUACUCGUGCACUGAGGGGGAAAACCGCGAACUGUGGUCGUCUGGACACCACCUGAAGUCCUGCCGCCAGGUGCGCUUCUCCGCGGACGGGCUUAAGCUCUACAGCGUAUCCCGGGACAAGGCCGUCCAUCUGCUGGACGUGGAGCGGGGACAGCUGGUCACCAGGAUCCGCGGAGCGCACGGGGCUCCCAUCAACAGUCUGCUGCUGGUGGACGAAAACAUCCUAGCGACCGGAGACGACGGGGGCACCCUGAAGGUUUGGGAUAUGAGGAAAGGGACAGCGAUCAUGGAUCUGAAACACCAUGAGGAUUACAUCAGUGACAUCGCUGUGGACCAGGCCAAGAGGAUCCUACUCACUGCCAGUGGUGAUGGAACCAUGGGCGUCUUCAAUAUCAAGAGGCGGCGCUUCGAGCUGCUGUCGGAGUACCAGAGCGGCGAUCUGACAUCAGUGGCGCUGAUGAAGCGGGGGAGGAAGGUGGUUUGCGGUUCCAGUGAGGGGACCAUCUACAUCUUCAACUGGAAUGGCUUCGGAGCCACCAGCGACCGCUUCGCAAUCAAGGCUGAGUCGGUAGACUGCAUCAUCCCCGUCACAGACAACAUCAUGUGCACCGGCUCCAUGGACGGGUACAUCCGAGCCAUCAACCUCCUUCCCAACCGGGUUAUCGGCUGCAUCGGGCAGCACGUUGGUGAACCCAUUGAAGAACUCGCCAAGUCCUGGGACUCCCGCUUCCUGGCCAGCUGUGCCCACGAUCAGCUCAUCAAGUUCUGGGACAUUUCCAGUUUACCCAACACGACUGUCAAUGAAUACCGCAAGAGGAAGAAGAAAGAUGGACGGAUGAAGUCUCUCACCAAAAAAGCCCUCGGCGACAACGACUUCUUCUCAGGACUUGUAGAGGAAACAGAGAAGAAGGAGGAAGAAGAAGAAGAAGAGGAGGAAGAGGAUGAUAGUGAUAGCGACAGUGGAAGCGAUUAAAAAGCUGCUGCACUUAGGUUCAUGUGUCAUUAGUGUGUCAUUAGUGUGCCUUUGGACAGUUUAGUCCUGAAUAAGUGAAUGGAAAGGUCGGCUCUCAUUCUCAUUUUAGAGACUGUAUUUGUAAAUAGAAAUGUGAGAUAUGUGAGGGAUAAACAGUGAAUGUCCCAGAAGAGUACACACUCUCUGCUGUUCACUGUUGAUGAGCCCAUAUCAUAGGAAAUGAUCAGACACUAAAAUACUGGGAAAUAAUAAGUAUGCAAUGUGCUUUCUUGAUACAGACUGAAUUGUUUUUGUUAUACCCAGGAACGAAAACCAGAAGCUGCCAUAGAUUUUUUUUUAUUUACAUAUUCUGUGAUCAGCUCCUGAUAUAAAUCAACAUUUGUUGGCUCAUUUCAAAAGGUUUUUUUUUGUUUGUUUGGGUUUUUUUUUAGAAAGAUUUGCUCAAUUCCUAAAAUUAUUUUAGGAAUCAUUACAAAAAUAAAUAUAUUGCAUGGAAAUGCCCAGCUCUGGUGGCAGUCAGCCUGUGAGAUAGCUACAGUAUAUUUAUAUAUAUUAUAUAUUACGUUUUGGGUGACUGUGUUUCAAAAUGAAUUUGUAUUAAAUUUUCUAAACAUGUUUAAAUUUCCUCAAUAUUCCUAAAAUAUGAAAAGGGGAGAAGAAUUUAAGUUUAAAUAGUACGAGUAUUAAUUUUGUAUUUUGCGUUGCUAAUCCAGUCUUGAAAUUUUGGAUU